CCGCACCCGCCCCGGCUGCUGGAGCGGUUCCUCCCUCUUCAGGAGCCUGAUUGUCAGGGAGCUGGAUGUCGAUCUUCACCGCUAUUCUACCGCAACAGAUGUCUGAGAGCUAGCCAGCUGAGUGGAGGAUUUUCCUCUCUGCCUGUGCUCUCCACCUGCAGCCAUGAAUGGUGGAGCCAGCGUGUGGGCCAUUACUUCAGAGGAGAGGGGGAAACAUGACAAACAGUUUGACUCCCUUGCCCCGACCCUCGGCUACGUCUCAGGAGAACAAGCAAGGAAGUUCUUCCUGCAGUCUGGCUUGCCUUCUUCUGUUUUAGCUGAGAUUUGGAACCUAGCUGACAUGGACAGUGAUGGGAAGAUGGACAGAUUGGAGUUUUCCAUCGCAAUGAAGCUCAUUAAACUCAAGCUUCAGGGAAGGAACUUGCCCUCUGCCUUGCCAAUCAUCAUGAAACAACCUCCUGCUUCCAAUAGUAGUUCAACCAUCCCUUCAUCAGCAAGAUUUGGAAUGGGAUCAAUGCCAAACCUGUCAAUUGGUCUGUCAUCCAUGUCAGCCAUGUCCACCAUGCCAUUCUUAACACCCAUCCUUGCUAAUCCCCCUUUGCCUUCUGGGCAACCUCUGGUGCCGACACCAAUGACUCUGCCCCUGAUCACCUCAUUUGGACCCUCUGGUCUCCCCAACGGCAACAUCAACCUCUUCACUCCACCUCUUGUUCCUAGCAAUGCAGGGCCUUCUCUUACUGGUUUCUCCUCUCCUAUGGCUUUCUCUCCAUCCACGGGCAUGUCAAAGGCCAACUCCCUGUUGGACCUGGGGUCAAGCAGUUCAAAUUCUUCCUCCACCGCGUCACCGGCCAGCAGCUCUCCGAAGAUGGGUGCGGGUGACUGGGCCGUUCCACAAGCUUCGAGGCUCAAGUACCGUCAGCAGUUCAACACGCUAGACAAGCUCAUGAGUGGCUACUUGUCAGGACCUCAGGUUAGAAAUGCACUUAUGGCAUCAAACCUGACUCAAACUCAACUAGCUACCAUCUGGAGCCUUGCAGAUGUUGAUAAGGAUGGUCAGCUGCGGGCUGAUGAGUUCAUUCUUGCCAUGCACCUGGUGGACAUGGCUAAGACUGGUCGCCCUCUCCCUCUCACUCUGCCUCAAGACCUGGUACCUCCCUCUCUCAGAGGAGGAAUUAAGUCCAGUGAGCUUGUUAAUGGAACAGGACCCUACAUAAGUCCCUGUUUAAUAGACACGGGAGAGAUGGAGCCGACACAGAAGAAUAAGAGCAGUGUGUCCUACGAGGACAAGCUAAAGGAGAACUUUGCACGAGGCAGUGCCGAGCUGGAGAAGCGACGGCUGGCUCUGGAAGAGGAACAGAGGAAGGAAAGAGAGAGGAGGGAGAAGGAGGAGAGGGAGGCUCAAGAGCGGAAGGACAGGGAGACCAGAGAACUGGAGAAUAGGAGGAGGCUGGAGGAGGAGAGGCGGUUGGAGAGGCAGAGAGAGAUGGAGCGACAAAGGGAGGAGGAGAGGCUGAGGGAACUGGAGAGGAAGGAGGCAGCAAAGCAGGAGAUAGAGCGCCAGAGGAGGGAAGAGUGGGAACGAGGGAAGAAAGAGGAGCUAGGAAGGAGAAAAGAUGGGGAGCAAGAGGAGAUUUCUCGACUAAGGGCAAAAAAGAAGAGCCUAGAGUUGGAGCUAGAGGCUGUGGGUAACAAGCAGAAGCAGAUCUCAGACCGUCUCCGUGAUGCUCAGAGCAAGAGGCGAAUUCAGAAGGCAGAGGUCGACCUCGUCAAUCAGAAGAGGGAAGCACGCAUUACUGAGAUUAAUGCACUUCAGCUUGAGUUUGAGGAAUGGCACCAAAAGCUCUCACAGCUGGUUCCAGAACAGCAGCGGCUGACCGAGAAGCUGCGAAACAUCAGCCUGAACAAACUCUCCACGGUGACUUCGAGCUCCCUGACCGGGAGUGUGACAGAAAAGAGUGUGAACUGUCGCAGGCUCAAGGACCAGCUUGACAUCCUAGAAAGGGAAACAACAGACAAACUGUCCCAAAUGGAGCAGUACAACAAGGAGCUUAAGCUUGGGGAUAUGGAUGACUGUGUCCUGCGAGGCCUUCUGUCCCUGCUGGCCUGUCUCAGCCAGCUUUUCCUUCUCAUCAAGGAGCUGAGGGAGAAGCAAGUGAAGCAGCAGGCUGUCCUGGACGACCUGUACAGAGUCAAAGAGGAGAAACUGAAAGAGCUGCAGAGACGCAAAGAGGAGGAGAAGGAAAGGAGGAGGAGAGAGGAUGAAGAGGCAGCCAGACAGGCCAAGUUAGAGCAAGAAAGGAGAGAGCAGGAGCGGAGGGAACAAGAGAAGAAGGAGAGGGAGGAAGAAGAGGCACGGCAGAGGAGGCUACUGGAGGAGCAGAGGGCCAAGCAAAGGGAGGAGGAGGAGAGGGAGGCACAGGCUCGUCUCCGAGCGGCCCAGGAGAAGGCGCAGGAAGAGGAGAGAAGAAGAAGGGGGGAAGAGGAGGAGAGGAAGAAAAGGGAAUUGGAAGAGGAAAGGAAACAAAAAGAGGUGGAGGAGCAGAAGAGGAGGAAAGAAGAGCAAGAACGGAGAGGACAGCAGCUGACUACGUAUAGAGCCUUGUACUCCUUUGUUGCCCGAAACGCAGACGAGCUGAGUGUAGACGCAGACCAUCUCAUAGAGGUAGAUGAGCAUACUAUUGGUGAGCCUGGCUGGUUGUAUGGGAGUUACCGUGGAAACAGGGGCUGGUUCCCUGAGAGUUAUGCCGAGAAGUGUCCUCCCCCCUCCACCUCCGAGACAUCCCCGUCCUCACCUGGAAAAAUUACCUCUCUCUCACCACCACUAAACACAAGAGAACCAGAUGCAGCAGAAGCUGGUGACAGCACAGUCUCUGCACAUUCAGACACUUCGCAGCCUCCAGUUGCUUUGUUUGCUCGGGCUGUCUCUUCGUGGUCGCCCACCUCAGAAACACCCCUCAGCCCUUGCUUUGAUGUAGGCGGCGCGCUGCUGAGCUUCUCACAGGGCGACAUCAUCAGCGUGAUGCAGCAGAGGGACGACUGGUGGUUGGGACAGCUCAACAGGUCGCAGGGAUGGUUCCCCAAAAGUUAUGUCACGUUGGAGACAGUUGGCAAUUCAGAUAUGGAUGCACUGGACUUGUCAGACUCUGCUAAGCUAGAAGAAUAUGUGGCCUUGUACACAUAUGAGAGCCCAGAGGCAGGGGACCUGACCUUUGUUGAGGGGGAUGUUGUCAUGGUGACCGAGAGAGAAGGAGAGUGGUGGCGAGGAUGCAUCGGUGACCAGAAUGGAGUGUUUCCCUCCAACUAUGUUAGACCUGUUGAGCUAGAGGGAUCAAGACCUGGAGGCCCAACCAAGAAACCUGAGAUUGCUCAGGCUGUCAUCACCACUGAGGCACCGACACUGCAGCAGUUAUGUCUGUCUCCAGGACAACUGAUCGUGGUCCAGGCCAAGAACUCCACCGGCUGGUGGCUUGGCGAACUGCAGGCUCGAGGUAAAAAGCGGCAGAGAGGCUGGUUUCAUUCCUCUCAUGUCAAGCUUCUGGGUCCCUCCAGCAUCAAGUCGUCUCCCUCCCCUCUGCCAGUGUGCCAAGUUAUCACGAUGUAUGACUACACCGCUGCCAAUCAGGAUGAGCUGAGCUUCUCCAAGGGUCAACUGAUCAACAUCCUCGACAAAACUAACCCUGAUUGGUGGAAAGGAGAAGCCAAUGGAGUCAUAGGCCUGCUGCCUACCAAUUAUGUCAAGAUGACCACAGAAUCAGACCCCAGCCAACAAUGUACGGUAGAUUCCUUAUCCAUAUCAGAGCAUGGAGACGCUCAUGGGUGUGCAGACCUGAUGACGCUGGACACGAUGACCCCUCAGGAGAGGAAGCGACAGGGUUACAUUCACGAGCUUAUCCAGACCGAGGAAACCUAUGUGGAGGAUUUGGAAUUGGUGUUGGAGGUGUUUUACAGGCCCAUGUCUGAGUCAGGUCGUCUUACAGAAGCUGAGAUGGCGGUGAUCUUUGUUAACUGGAGGGAACUAAUUAUGUGCAACACCAAACUGCUCAAGGCGCUGCGCGUACGUAAGAAGACAGGAGGAGACAACAUGCCUGUUCAGCUGAUAGGAGACCUGUUGGCUUCAGAGCUAGCACACAUGCAACCAUACAUUCGUUUCUGUUCCUGCCAGCUCAAUGCUGCUGCCCUGCUGCAGAGUAAAACCCACAACCAGCCUGAUUUUAAAGACUUCCUCAAGAAGAUAGCUACUAACUACCGCUGUAAAGGAAUGCCACUGUCCAGCUUCCUGCUCAAACCCAUGCAGAGGAUCACCCGCUACCCUUUGCUCAUUAAGAAUAUCUUGGAGCACACUCCUGAUGGCCAUGCAGACCGCGGUCCUCUGCGAGAAUCUCUAGAUCGAGCCGAGGAGCUGUGCUCUCAGGUUAAUGAGGGGGUUAGAGAGAAGGAGAACUCUGACAGGCUUGAAUGGAUACAGAACCAUGUCCAGUGUGAAGGACCUAUAGAGCACUUGGUCUUCAACUCACUGACUAAUUGUCUCGGGCCUCGCAAGUUGAUCCAUAGUGGACGACUGUACAAAACCAAAAGCAGCAGAGAGUUGUGGGCUUUCCUCUUCAAUGAUUUCCUCCUCCUCACACAUAGUGCCAAACCUUUCUCCUCCUCAGGCUCAGACAAGUUAUUCAGCCCCAAAACCAGCAUACAGCUGAAGAUGUACAAAACACCACUGUUUCUGAAUGAAGUUCUUGUGAAAAUGCCACCAGACCCAUCAAGCGAUGAGCCAUAUUUUCAUGUCUCGCACAUUGAUCGGGUCUACACACUCAAAACUGAGACCUUAAGUGAAAGGACAGCAUGGGUUCAGAAAAUUAAAGCAGCAUCUGAACAUUUCAUAGAGACAGAGAAGAAAAAGAGAGAGAAAGCAUACCAAGCACGAUCUUUAAAGACCCGUGGAAUCGGCCGAUUACUGGUAACCGUCAUUGAAGCUCAAGAGCUCAAAGCUUGUAAGCCCAACGGUAAGAGUAAUCCAUACUGUGAGCUGACCAUGGGGGUUCAGUGCUACACUUCUCGGCCAAUCAGCGACACUCUGAGCCCCAAGUGGAACUUCAACUGUCAGUUUUUUGUCAAAGACCUCUACCAGGACGUCCUGUGCAUCACUGUUUUUGAGAAAGAUCAGUUCUCGCCAGAUGAUUUCCUUGGUCGCACCGAGGUUCCCGUGGCAACUAUAAAGAAAGACAUGGAGAGCAAAGGAGCAGCAAACCGCCGCCUGCUCCUGCAUGAAGUCCCCACUGGAGAAGUGUGGGUCAAGCUAGACCUCCAGCUCUAUGAGCCCACUAAAUGAUUUCCAUCAGGCAUAUGCUAGUUAGUUUUACAGAAAUGAAGAUACAGUACACAUUCCACAAAACAAAUGCCACAAAACAUUUACUGAGCCAGCCUUGCUCUGCCAUUAACCAUCCACCCUUUUCUGUUUUUUUUUAAACCUCAAUCCAGCUAAACUGUAAUAAUUGCUAAUAUUCUGUACUCAUAACUGAUCAAAAUCCUUAAAAAACAAAAACAAAAAGCAUGCCUUUAUAUUAAACACCUUAGUUUUGCUAUAUUGUUGAAAUUUGUAUAAUUCAUAUUAGAAAUAAAGUACUGUUUUACCACUAAUGGUGAAUAAGAACACAUAACAGUUAUACAUAGUUUCACAAAGUCUCACAUACACACAUGGACAAAAUUGUUGGCACCCUUCGGUUAAUGAAAGAAAAACUCACAAUGGUCACAGAAAUGACUUGAAUCUGACAAAAGUAAUGUCUGACUUUCAUUGGUUAAAUUUAAUAGAUUUUUUUAUUUAUUAUUACUUUUUGUCAAUUCAAGUUAUUUCUGUGACCAUUGUGAGUUUUUCUUUCAUUAACCGAAGGGUACCAACUGUUUUGUCCACGUGUGUAUUCAUGUAUUGCAAUACUGCUGAACAUCUAUUAUAAUCUGAAAUAUUAACCCCACCCCAUGGUCUAACCAUAGAGUGGUUUCAUGUUAAAUAUAUGCCAAUUAAUAGUGAAACUGUCAUAAAUAAAAUGCUAAUACAGAAAAAAUUUUUCUCUGGUUCAUCAUGUUCUUGUGGUUUCCUGAAGAUUUACAAACAACUGCUGUAGUCAGGUAAGAAUACAGAUAAAUAUAUAAAGGAGCUUUAUUUAAUUCAGUUUAGUUGCUAUAAACUUGUUGGCUGUUGGCGACAUCCUCAUCUGGAGAACCAGCAGCUGGACUGAUGACACCUUCCAUCAGAUGUUGCAUCGAAAACAUCUUUCAAAAGACAAUUUAAAUUUUUUUGAGUUUUUAUCAUUGAAGUGUUUUCUGUUUUGUUGUGUACUUGGUUUUAUGUUUUGAGACAUGUUUAAACUUUUCUGAAAAUGUGUACGGUGAAAUAAGGAGGUUUUGGUUAUGAAGGGGACCUUUAUGUACUAGCUAUAAAGAUAUGGUAUCUUAUUUUCAGUAAUCCUUUAUACUGCUAUAGCUCAUUAGUGAAAGAUUAAUUUAAUAGAGCUUUAUGUAACACAUUGAGUAAGAGAAGAUUGAAGAAAAAAAUCAUUUGAAGCUGGUUCAUUGUGAUUUUCCUUUUUUUUUUUUUUUGUUUUGUUUUGUUUUGUUAAGAGUUUAAAUAAAAAGUACUGAGAGUAAAGCAAGCACCAUCAAGCACUUUUUAUUUCCUACUGUGAUGUUUAGAACCUUGAAUGUACCUUUAUCAAGAAACGAAAGAAAAACAAAGCUACGCCCAUGGCUUUGUCAGCUGACUUACACACCUGAGUUCACAUCCCGGAAGAGCUGGUUGCACAGACAUACACUGAAGCCAUUGGAGGGUCCAGGACUAGACGAGGGGAGGCCACAUGGAUUGGAUAACCUGGCUAGCAGUAGGUUUUGCCCUGCUGUGGAUUUUCUGCUUUAUAGAUGGCAACGCCGUGCUUGAGCUGCGACUGUUUUUCCAUGACCUGAGCCAAGCUACUAGCCACUUGUACCUGGCCCUGCUCCCGCUGCGCCGAGCCGCCUCCCACUUCACCAAGUGUGUAAGACACCUGGUCUGGCAUCCCCAGCAAAGCUCAUCUCAAUACCAAGACCGGCCCAUGGCCAAUGAAAGCAUGCUGCACCUUCUGGAGGGUUUAUGCGUGGUAUACGAGACGUUACCCAACCUGAUGGGCGCAGCGCUCAGCGUGUGCACCGCAUUCUGCCACAUACUGCAGGGAGGUUUUUACAUCAUGGCUGCCACGCUGCGCACCGUCCGGAACGACCUGUUCUUCCAAGUGAACGGCGAGAAAGAGCGAUGGGACAAAGAGCGGCUCAGAGCUAAGGAGAGAGAAAAAAGUGAAUUCCAACGUGCUGGAGUAAAUGUCCUGUCAGCACCCUGUAAGUGCUUUAAGAAUCAAAGUUGACAUGCCACCUGUGUAUAGAUAAUCUCUCUCCAAGCUAAUUAGUAGAUACUCAUGUCCACUGUAUGUAAGUACACAAACAUUACCUAAUGCCAUGUUCAAUAAAACAAAAUUGACAAGAAAUAAAACAA